AUGUCGGGUUCGGUCAGCCCCGCCCGCGGCUCGGCCGCCCCCGCCCUGGCCACGUGCCAGGCAGGCUCAGAGGACGAGGCUCUGGAAGAGGAGCUGAUGGAUGGCGACGAGUCCCGCUCCUGGACCCCACAGGAGAAGGCCCUGCACGAAGCCCGGCUCAAAGCCAAGGCCAAGCGGCGCCUGCGGCGCACCUCGUCCCGGGACUCCACCCGGGAGCCGGCACCCGAGGGGGGGGAGCCCAGCCCCGACCCCAGCAGCCCCAAGGGCAAGACCAACGACAGGAAGUCGCGCAUGGGCAAGGGCCGUGGGCUCCCCAAGAAAGGUGGCGCUGGGGGCAAGGGUGUGUGGGGUGCACCUGGCCUGGUGUACGGGUACCAGGAGCCCGACGCGCGGGACCCCAACUACGACGAGUCAUCUCAGGGCGACACGGUCUAUGCCACGGUGACGCCGGAGCUGGAGGAGGGGGAGCUGGAGAAGAACGUGCACCCCAUGGUGCUGGAGUACUUUGAACACGGGGACACCCUCGAGGUGAUGGAGCUGCUGAAGGAGCUGAACCUGGGCGGCAGGAAGCACGCCGUCCCCUCACUGGCUGUGGCGCUGGCGCUGGAAGGCAAGGCCAGCCACCGGGAGCUGACCUCCCGCCUGCUCUCUGACCUCGUGGGCAAGGUCAUGACCCCGGAGGACAUCGCCAGGGCCUUCGACAAGAUGCUCAAGGACCUGCCUGACCUCAUCCUGGACACUCCUGAGGCUCCGCAGAUGCUGGGCCAGUUCAUUGCCCGGGCCGUGGCUGACCAUGCGCUGCCCCUGGACUUCCUGGACCGCUACAAGGGGCGCGUGGACUGCGAACACGCCCGGGCUGCCUUGGACCGCGCCGCAGUGCUGCUCCGGAUCAAGCGGGACGUGAACCAGUUGGACAACGUGUGGGGAGUGGGGGGCGGCCAGAGGCCUGUGAAGCAUCUCAUCAAAGAGAUGAACCUGCUGCUGCGCGAGUACCUGCUGUCCGGGGAGGUGUCGGAGGCAGAGCACUGCCUGCGGGAACUGGAGGUCCCUCACUUCCAUCAUGAGCUGGUCUAUGAGGCUGUAGUGAUGGUGCUGGAGUCCACAGGCGAGACUCCCGUCGUCAUGAUGGUAAAACUGCUCAAGGUGCUGUGGGAGACCGGCCUGGUGACCCUGGACCAGAUGAACCGGGGCUUUCAGCGAGUCUAUGACGAGCUCGGAGACAUCAGCCUGGAUGUGCCCCUCGCUCACCGUAUCCUGGAGCGACUGGUGGAUCUCUGCUUCGAGGAGGGAGUCAUCACCAAGCAGCUGAGAGACACCUGCCCAGCCAGGGGCCGGAAGCGAUUUGUGAGCGAGGGUGAUGGGGGGCAGAUCAAGCAGUAA